AUGUCUAUCGACCGCCUACUGACCAAGGUCCUGGAGCUCUACCAAGACGUUCACGACGAUGCGCGCACCGAGCAGAUUUAUGGGUCAACCACGGCGCUGUUGACCAACCUUUCGAAUCCCCUGAAUCUUUCGCUGCUCACCUCACAACUAUUGAUUGCGCCGGCAAUAUGGGGCCGUCCGGAUGCCAUGCGCACAUGUUAUCGGGUCAUCAGCAUCUUCAACUCAGCCGCCAUUCACGUGCGCCGGAACGAGCUUGAGAACGCCAAACACAAGGGUCCGCGGGCGGGUGGCGGCUUGGGCAGUGACGCAUGGGCAGCAGCGGUUCUGAAGGGAGCCGACGGUCAAUCAAACAGAUGGCAGCAUCUUUUGGUGUUUGCCGGUGUGUUGAUGGGGAUGGAGAGCGGGAACCGGAAUUCGUUAAGCGGAGGGAUGCGCCGGACGGUUGAGCGUGCUGUUGUCACGGCUGCCAAUCUUGCGCUGAGGAAGAAUGAACCAGUCCCGCAAGCGCCUGCUGGACCUGUCACUUUGGCGCUCAACUUUACGUUUUCCUUGCUGUCGGAGUCAUCACGCGCCUCGUUGAACUGCGAUGCUCUGAUCCCGGCUGCGACGACGGCCAUGCUUGGUGCUGAUGGUCUUGAGGAUGGGUAUUUUCUUGGCGCCGUUGAUAUCGAUGUUCGACAAGCUGUGGAAAGGUUCACGUGGGAACCAAACUCGCCGUCAUACCUCCAUAUCACUCAGCUGGAGAAGAAGCCAUUGGUGUCUGGCCUGGGCCCCCUUUCGAGGUUGCUGGGGUACGCCAUUCAGAAUGCUCGGAAUUCCCAAGUAAUCCUCCAGCUUCAGGAUGACUUGAUCGCGUUUACGGGGAAGCUGUUUCAGCAUUGGCAAGUAAACAACAAGCUUUCUGAGCUGGAGAUCUCCGAGGAAAGCAUCUACCUCACCCCGGAAACCAUGUCAGGGACAUGGGAGGGGCUCUGGAACUUCCUCAAGAAAGUCAUGUAUGCCAUCGUCGCCGUCUCGCAAGCCGUCGUGGCCCGCAGUCUUCUUGACUGGCGCCUCAAGAAGCACGAUGUGGCGCCAGUGGUGGCCGCCAAGACACUACACACCCUUCGAAACCUUUACUUUAUCUCUUCCAGGAACGGAAGCGACUCCUUCCAGGUGUACCAGUUCACCUACCUAACCUCCCUCGACACACUCUCCCGCUUCGGGGACGCCUCAGCAGCGUUCCUGGAGGAAAUCAAACCAAACACCGAAGGCACAAUCCCCUUCCAUCCCCUCCACCGCACACUCGACUUGUUCUACCUCAACGUAGCCGAACACCUACCACUCCACCUCCCACCAGAAGCGUGCGACAAGUUGAUCAUCCAGCCGGCAAUCACCUACCUGACCAACGCAGCAGCGCCCCUAUCACCUCGCAUGAUGGAGCUGUUCGAGUCAGCCCACAGCGCGGUUUUGUCGGUCUUAUCAUGCCCACACAACGCACCCAUCACCGUCAAGAUCGUCCCAUUCUACGCAGAAACUUUGUUUUCCUCAUUUCCCAAGCACAUCUCCCCACGGCAAUUCCGUCUAGCAUUCAAAACAGUCAUGCAGAUUUUAUCACCCCCCUUCCCUAUUGCCGCCAGUCAUCCACAGCUGGCGGAGACACUCCUUGAGAUGGUCCGCUACCGAGCUAGUAUUGCUGGACAAGAUCCUAAUGGGCAGGCACCGCUUCCGCCGCCGCCGGCUGCUGAUCCCCUGGAGGCUCAGGAGCCGAUGUCGGAGCAGAGUACGCUUGUUUUGACGUUGAUUGAUGCGUUGCCGUUUUUGCAGUUGGAUAUCUUUGAGGAUUGGAUGACGCUUGCUGCUCACGCGGUGAAUGAGAUUAGGGAUUCUGCGUUGAGGGAGGUGGUGAAGAGGAGGUUCUGGGAGGUGUUGGUGAGUGGGGAGAUGGACGUUGAGAGGGCCGCUAUCGGGGUGGCGUGGUGGGGGACGAAGGGGGGACGGGAGGCGGUGUUGUUUGGAAGGGCGCCGGAGAGGCAGGAGGAGAUGUACAUGAUGAGUGGGGCGCUUUCGAGGCCGGAGAGGGGGAGUAAGUUGUGA